AUGAUAAAUGUUUAUAACAAAACCCCCAGUUACCGCAUGUCUUUUCGUGCUGCUGAAUUUUAUUCACUUUUGUCAGCUUAUGAUGAAACAGUUAGCAGAAACCUUGGAAUAUCUCACAGUAGUCAAGAUGACGUAAAAAAAUCAUCUGCCUUUCAAGGAAAGGGAAAGAGCCCUAAAAAGAACAAGGAUGAAGGAUCUUUCUCAAAAGAAAUCAACAAUUUCGACUAUUAUAAACCUAAAACACUUCAGCCUUCAUCGAUAAACAGUGAUGUAAAGGAAUCUUCGAAACCUAAUCAUAUAAUUCUUAAUGAUCUUGGUCAACAAAGUAUAGGCGGAUUUAGUUAUUCACUCCCACAAGCAUUAGAAAAAAUUGGUUCCGAUAUACAUAAUCAAAAACUUUUGGCGGAUUUGCAGACAAAUAACAAUCUAAAUAUGAAUAACGGCUCUCCAAAGGUUUCAAAGAAACAUUUAUUGAAAAAAUCAGACAAUUUGCAAAGUAAAAGGGGGUCUAAUGUGCUAGUCAGACAAGUAGACGCAGCGGUUGAAGCGAUGACUAUUGGUUUGCCUAAUUGUCGAGCUCUACCAUCUGUGCAGAAAACACCUAGAACAAUACGUGCAAGGAUAUUUUUCAAUCAAAUAAAAACUGGGUUGAAGGAACAUAUUGAGUGGCACACUACGCAGUUACAACAGGCAGAAUUAGAUCAAGAUGUAUUGUCAGCCAAUAAGGCAUUAGAAAAUGUCAAUCAGUUACAACACAGGUUGAAUACAAUCCGUUGUCUUGAACAUGAGUACAUGAAACACUGGAAGUUAUAUAGAGAAAUCAGAUCACGUUCGCAAGGUGAAAUGUAUUGUGAUCAGGUUAACAGUGGUAGUAGUGGAAAUGGCAGAAGUAGUGGAGAAGGUAUCCAGUCUAGUCAGUAUUCAACAAGUGUGAAAAGUUCAUCACUUUUACCUAAAAAUAAACUAAGUAAAUCAACAUUAGCUCUCACUGGAUUUAAUGGAUCUGAUCAUAUUCAAACAUCAACUACUAUCGUCAAUACAACUAAUCACUAUCAAAAUCAUUCUCAUUAUUAUAAUUAUAAUAACAUUAAUGAUACAACAAAUUAUCUACCAACCGUAGUAGAAAAACGUCCAAAAUAUUCCUCUUUAUUGAAUUUAUUACGACAUAAAUCAAAGAAAACCACAAAUAAUUAUUCAUUACAAAACGAUAAUCGUCCACGCUCUGUUACAACAGCUUCACCAACAACCACAAAUGUGAUAGAUCGAAAACACUCGUUUCUACACUUGAAUGGACAAAGUAAUUCAGAUUUGACAGUAACUCACAUACCAUUGCGAAAAUCUGCUACUCUUCUAGUUCAAAACAACAAUAGUAACUAUACUAAUAAGGGAUUAAGUAAAUCCAGGAGUAAUGCACGUGACUUAAUAACUAAUGAUGCUAGUUUGAAACAGCAACAGGAAUUUCUAUUGAAACGUUUAUGUCAAAUAGAAGCUCAAACGGAAUAUUUAUCUGGUACCUUAAUAUGUGAAGUAAUUGGAGUCAGUGGCUCAGUGUCUUCAUUAUCAAGAGACGUUUUUAGGAUAUCAUUAAAAUAUGAUUCACCAAUCAUGUCUUCUAUAUAUGAAUUACAAAGUGAUAGUGAAUUACCAGAACAUAAACCACUAUAUACAUCAACUGUUCCUUUAAAUCAAAAAGUUGGUUCAAAUGAUAAAUGGACAAUUACUGGUCGUCUCACUUCAUCGCAUUCAUUCUCUACCUCCUCUUCUACAAUGACUUCAAAUCCAUCAAAAACUUCAGCCCACUUCCAAACAACUUAUUUAGAUGAUGUAAAUUUAAAAUUUCCUGACCAAAGAUGGGAUCAAACUAAGCAUAUAUUUAGUCCAACAAUUGGUGAUGUAUUAACAAUAAAAGUAGUUGUAAUGCGACGGUUUGGAAAACCAGAAACGCUUGUCCAACAGGGAUGUGAUAUUUUAAACUUACUCACACUUAAAGGUCAUCAUAUAGCAAUUGGACUUAAAGAUUUUACUGAUCUUCAAUUUCAUUUUAUUCUUAAAUGGUGCCCAUUAGCUGAUACUAAAGAUGAUCGAAUGUUGUUUUACAAUUUAUCAACUAUUCAACUGAAUAAUUUCUUAGAUGAACAAAAACAAAAACUAUCAAAUAUUAAAAUGAUGUUAAAUGAUGAAGAGAUGAAUGAUUAUUCAUCAUCUAAAAUGAAUUAUUCUAACAUGAAACGAUAUCAUCCAGAUUUUAUAUCACCUGAAUUAAAUUAUCACUAUGAUGAACACCAACAACACUAUCCACAUCAUCAUCAUCAUCAAUAUCAUCAACAUCAUUAUCAUCAUCCACAUCAUCAUCAUCAUCAUCAUCAACAUUUAACUAAUUUAAUUAAAACAGAAACACAUUCCAGUGAGUUCAUUAUACCACAAGAUAAUUCAGAUUCUAGUGAUUUAGAAAAUAAAGAAAGUGUAACAAUUUUAACAGUUCAAUCGAAUAGACGAACUCCUAGUCGAUAUAAUGCACAAAAUAAAUGCCAUCAAAAACUUCCAAAGUGGAUUUCUUUACCAGAUCUUGAAAUAACCCAUGAAGUGAGUGAAUCGGAAUUGAUGUCACCUGAAAUCAAAGUCAUUACUGUACGUACACACCAGAAUGAUGAAAACAAAGAAGGUCAUCAAAAACACAAUGUUGGUACUACAGACACCAAAAUCAUUAAUACUUCAAGUAAUGCUAAUAAACAAAGUGAUCAUAUUGAUAAUCACAUCAAUGCUUCUAAAAAAAGUAUAGAAGAAAUUGCAAUACUAUCAGAAAGAUUAAGUGAACAAUCAACACUUAUGAAUGAUCAAUCAUCUAGAAAAACAAAUACAUUACAGACAACAGAAUCAACAGUACUGAUACCAAAACCUACACAUAAUCAAUUAUUUGAACAUAUCACUAAGUUAAAGGAGAAAGUUGAUACCAAAAUUAGAAUACAUGAUGAUCCUUCAGGAUUACUCAAGGACUUAGACAAGGCUAUUACAAACCUUGUUAUACAAUUAGAGAGCAACUCAUAUUGGUUUAAUCAACUAUUCGUCCCGAGAAAAUGUCAAAAUUCAAAACCCAUUAUUGCUUCACCAUCAAAAACAUUGGAAAGAAAUACUGACGAACAAAACACUUUGAAAUCCUUAUGGGAAUCAUUGGCAUUUUUAGAUGAACCGGAGAAAACAUUUGAUGAUUAUGCAGAGGAUGGAGCAACAUCAUCUGUAUCAGGUUCUUCUCAUUCAAUUGAAAUUACUGAGAAAACAGACAAGUAUACACUUGAAAGUGAUCAGAUUAUCGAAACUACAGGUUGGCAACAGUUAGAUUCUGCAUUGAUAUGGCAUUUAAACUAUACUAUUCGGCUACUGGACCGAGUAUAUCCUGAUAACUUGUAUGUAAGCAGCUCACAAAAAUUAUUAUCAAUUCAGUCAUCUAUCUCAGAUGUUUCUGAUAAAACAAUAAGUAGCUAUACAUACAGUGAACCAUUGAGUUUAUUGCGAAACUCAGUUCAUUCUGCUUGGUCUACUUUACCUUUACUGGAGCAGGUAGAAUUUUUUGGUGAAGCUGAGAGUCUUUGUCAGGCAAUCAUUCAUGAUUCACAAACAGCUGAAUCAAACUAUUUAUUAAAGGUUUGUGGUGAUGGAAAUUCAUAUUCGUCUCUACGGUUUACAUGUUUUCUUUCAAAAUUAAUUUGGCCUGUACAGAACAACAACAAAGUACCUGUAUCAGAAGAUAUUUCUUCACCUCAAAUCAUAUUUGAUCGUGAUGCAUUUCGUGAAACUUUACUACGAUUUUAUGAAAAAGAUGUGGUUCCAAGAUGGUCAAAAGAUAUGGGUAACGGAGUAGUCGAUCAUUUUAUUGAAGACGUGCUGGACCUCCAAGUGAACGGUUCUGAAUUAUCUACCAUUCCACUGACUCAUUUAAAUUUACGUUUAAGACUUUCUGAAAGAAUGGAAUCUAUUGCUUUAUCAAAUCGUUUGGCAGAUCAACAUAGUCGAGAUCAAUUAAAGCAGUUUAAUGUUUAUUUUAUACAACUACUUUCUUACUUAGCUGGACAAUUAUAUAUUCAGUGGAAUUUAGAAAAUGCUUAUUCCUCCCGUACUCUGUCAACUUUACCUUAUUUCACCAGAGCAUUACAACCAAUAUUUGGAUUAAAUAUACUAUUAAGUGAUGAAGGUGUAGAUCCAUAUUAUUUAGAACAAAUAGAAAAUGGUUUAGAUAUGCGAAGUACUGAAUUGGUUGCAUGUCACUCCACCCAGACAUGGUUAAGAGUUGCUGAACUAAUAGGCAACCAUGAUGAAGAGAUUAAUAAGAAAGCAAUCAUGUUAUUAAAAUCAAUGAAUGAAAAGAUAAAUAGAAUUUUUCAACACUUAACAAAUUCAAAACAAAAGUUACGAUUAUCAAAUGAUGCACAAAUACCUCAGGAAAUAAACAAUCAUCAUAGUGAUUAUUAUUAUUAUGAUAAACAACCAAUUCAAACUAAUAAUAGAAAUACAGUACGACGUCCAAUUUUUUAUUCUAUGGGACCACCUAUUCAUAUUCAAUAUUGUCUGAAUAAAAAUUGUAUUGAACAAAGUUUAAAUUCCCUAUCACCAAUAUGGAUUAGUAUGAUAUGGGGUUUAGAACAAAGAUCUAGUGUUAAACGAAUAGCCGCUUUAAAAGCAUUAACUAUACUCAUAGAAUCACAAAUAAGAGAAACAACAAAACCAACACAUAAUAAUAAUAAUAAUAAUAAUAAUAAUAAUACAAACACAAAUACAAAUGAUAGUAUUACAAAUUCAACAUUAUUAAAACUUUUAAACAAUAUGCAUUCAAACGAUCCAGAUCCAUUAGUGAAGAGUUUAGCUGGACAAAUUAUUGACAGAAUUACUACAAGAUUUAAUGCUGAAUCACACAAUGAACAGAUAAUUAAACCUAGUCGUCUCCUUAAAACAAUAUGGGCCAAAUUUAGUAUUGCAGAAAAUCUACCCUCCAAACCAUCAUAUAUAGUUCAACGAUAAUAACAGAUUAACCAUAAUCUAUGGCAAUUUUUACAGUUACUAUAUUUUCAUAUAUAGUUUUGUACAGCUAUUUAUUUUUGGUGCUGUAAGAUAACGAAAAAUUUCUAUUAUGAAAUAUUUACACCUUUAAAAUUCGGAAGAAAACCAAGGCAGACAGAUGUAAGCAAUCAAAAAAGUCAAACUAUGUCUUGCGAUAUUUAUUACUAAAUUAUUUACAACUUGUUCAACAUAAUUCUGAAAAUUUAGAAAAACGAUCUCCUUUUAUACAACUAGGUAUUCUGGGUUCAACUGUAAAGCCGAGUAAAAAAAUUACAGAUUCGUUUAGUUUGUAAAUACUACUAUAUUUCUAAUAAAUGACUAUGAUAAUAUUGAACAACACCC